AGAUGCGGUCUGUUGUAGCGUGACGUCACAUAUCACUGCGCACCCAGUGCGCGCAUUCCUGUGCGACCGUUCACGUGGUUCUGCGCCUAUAUAUGGUGCGCCUUCUAAUAAACUUAUCAGUCGCUUCUUGGUAUGCUGUCUGCUGCUCACGUUAUUACACUGGCGACGAGGAUGGGAUCCGCCCCCUUGCUCUAGCUCAGUACGGAGCAGGAUUUCGGAAGGUCGGCGGUCGACAGCCACGGACCAGAACAACAGCAGCCAUGGCAUGGGGCGUUUGAACUCGGCGGCGCUACCUUCGGCAAGACGCAACGCAGUCGUCGGGGAAAGCAACCCGAUAAGUAUACUGCACUUUUACUGAACAAUGGCGCGACUAGGCAAGCUAGACGAGUUCGACGAGAAGGAUCAGAAUUUCGAGUCCUAUCUGGAGCGUUUUGAGCACUUCGUCACCGCAAAUGACAUCAAAGAGGAAAAGAAGCUCGCAGUAUUCUUGAGCCUGAUAGGACCACGAACGUACGAGGUGCUCAAAAGUUUGGUAGUACCCGCGGUUCCUGGGGACAAGUCCUUUGAAGAGGUCACAGUGCUGUUGAAGAAACAUUAUAGCCCACAGUGCUCGGUCAUUGCCGAACGUUGCAAAUUUAACAAGCGAGCACAAGAGCAGGGAAGCGUCGAGGACUUCAUAGUGGCAUUAAAGCAUUUAGCAAGGAAGUGCGAUUUAGGUCAGUUUCUGCAAGACGCGCUGCGAGACAGGAUAGUGGCAGGCAUAAGACGCAAGGAAACGCAACUCGCCUUAUUUGGUGAAGAAGAUUUAACCUUCGAAAAGGCGUGCAAGAUAGCCCUGGACAGAGAGCAGGCUGCGCGACAGACAGCGUUACUUCAUACAGAAGGCAAGGAAGCGGCUUUGGAUGCCAUGGCGAUAAGAGGAAAAGAAAGCGAAAAGAAAUGGAAGCUUCGGAAGUUCAAGGAAGCCAAGCGAGUUUGCGAAAGAUGUGGCAAGGCUCAUGCGGCUAGUGUUUGCUCGUAUAAGAACGUGCAGUGUCACAGCUGUUCUCAAAUCGGCCAUCUACAGAAGAUGUGUCCACGUAAUCGCAGAGACCUCAACCGCGCAAACGUGGUGGACUGCUCUGAUAGUGACUCCGAAUUAGAUGUUUACCAUGUUAUCAAUACAGUUAUCAGUCCCGUAACCUAUCUGGUGAAAGUGUCGCAGGCGGUGCGAUUUACGCAUGCGGACCACAUCAGAGCCCGCCACGGAAGCCCGGAUUCUUCAAGCUGUCCGCAGGCACAACCAGCUCCAACGGCAUCCCAAGACACUACUCCGACGCUUCCCAUGGCGUGUGGGCCAGUCGCCGGGUCGCCUCUCGCGAAUCCAUGCGCGACCGACACUGCGACGUCUCUUCUUCCGGAAACGGCAUCGCCCACGGCCGGAACAGCUGCCUCCGGCUCGGCGGACCAGCCCGGUGCCGAAGACGCGCCACCGGCAGCCGAACUUCCAACUCUGCGUCGUAGUGCACGUGUACGACAUGCCCCGAACAGAUACCAGUCCAGUGACUUUCGAAAGUAA